ACCAGCACCAUGCCUAUGACUCUGGGUUACUGGGACAUUCGUGGGUUGGGUCACGCUAUCCGGCUGCUCCUGGAAUACACAGACUCAAGCUAUGAGGAGAAGAGAUACACCAUGGGCGACGCUCCUGACUUUGACAGAAGCCAGUGGCUGAAUGAGAAAUUCAAGCUAGGCCUGGAUUUUCCUAAUCUGCCCUACUUAAUUGACGGGUCACACAAGAUCACCCAGAGCAAUGCCAUCCUGCGCUACCUUGGCCGCAAGCACAACCUGUGUGGAGAGACAGAGGAGGAGAGGCUCCGUGUGGACAUUUUGGAGAACCACUCGGUGCAGCUUGCAAUGGUCUGCUACAGCCCUGAGUUUGAGAAACGGAAGCCAGAAUUCUUAGAGGGUCUCCCUGAGAAGAUGAAGCUCUACUCUGAUUUCCUGGGCGAGCAGCCAUGGUUUACCGGGGACAAGAUCACCUAUGUGGAUUUCCUCAUCUAUGAUGUCCUUGAUAGACACCGUAUAUUUGAGCCCAAGUGCCUGGACGCCUUCCCAAACCUGAAGGACUUCCUGGAUCGCUUUGAGGCCCUGAAGAACAUCUCUGCCUACAUGAAGUCUAGCCGCUUCCUUUCAGGUCCCAUGUAUUUGAAGACAGCCCUGUGGGGUAACAAGUAGAGCACCUUAAUACCAGAGCCAGAAGGAGAUCCACCACUGCGCUUGCUGGCCCUUGGU